AACAAAGACUCGUGCUUCAACUACGUGCACAUGCAUCGCUCCGGCGACGCGGAUCUCUUCGAGGACUUCUGCAAGGACAAGCUCCCCGACGACGAGAUUUACGUCCCGCCUCAGCACCGGCCUAUCAACCCAGAAGACGAGGAUGACGUGGUACCCGAUCAGCACGCAGCAUUUGGGAUCCAGCGCGCGACGCAGCGCGUCAAGGAGUCCGCGUGGAAAGACCUGGGCUUGUCGGAUUUGAUGAGAAAAGGGCCCAGCUCAGAGAGC